ACCAGCGAUAUGUACCCAACUGCCUCUGUUGUGGGAACCAGACACCACGCGGGUGACUUGACAGUACAGGCGCGAGAGGAGGUUUCCGCUUUAAUGCGGCGCUUUCAGAGGGGAGAAACUAUCCCACCGCGAGAGGGCGUCUCAUGGUUGAGGCGUCUUGAUGACAAGCUACGCGGGAUUUACGCAGCUGUUACGUGUAGACGGACUUCGGAUGUUGCACUUCCUCCUCCAGCACAUCGUCCGCCACGUCCCUCUGUACAACAUUCAGAACCACGACCCUCUGUGCACCGUUCAGAACCACGACCCUCUGUGCAUCGUGCAGAACCUCAUCCUUCACAGCCAGGGAGAUCUUCCUGGCAUGAGCCACCUCCUUCACAGCCAGGGAGAUCUUCCUGCCAUGAGCCACCUCCUUCACAGCCAGGGAGCUCUUCCUGGCAUGAGCCACCUCCUUCACAGCCAGGGAGCUCUUCCUGGCAUGAGCCACCUCCUUCACAGCUAGGGAGCGCUUACUGGCAUCAGCAGAUGAAUCUAGGCGGCAACCAGUCGCAACCGUUCAUGCAUUCAGAGCAGUCACCGAUCCUUAGUGGUGGUGCUUCGUACUUUGAGGGCGACCGCGAGGAUGAUGACCAAGCUACAAACAUUUAUGGCUUCUCGCAGACAGUGUUUCACACUCCACCACCACCACCGACGCAGGAGACACAGACCGUGACAGACGAGGUUAACUAUGGUCGUGGUUAUCGCGAGCCUCGUCCACCGCCUCAGCGCUUAUCGCCUUCGGGUCCUCGCCCGAGGAAGACCCAGACUCGUCGUCGUCCCCCGCAGUGAUAUGCUUAUCUAUCUAUGUAUGACUCAUUAUCUAUGUUAGUUUCAGACUAUUCGCAGCUGUG